GAGAAGAACCAGAAGCUGCAGAGUCAUCAACCCUGGAACCUGCUCCACCUCCUUCCAGAAGAAAAUCAAGGCAGUACUCCCUGACACGUUUACAAGUCUCCUUUUCGAAAAUGCGCGCAGUGAAUGGCAGCGCGUCUGUGGAUGCGGAGGAUGUGCCCAGAGACGAGAGUCUGGCCAGGGCGGAGAUUGCUCUCCUCAGCGUGAUCUUCGUGAGCGCCUCUCUCCUCAACGCCGCCUUGCUGCUGGUUCUCUGGAGACAGCGCAAGCAGAUGUCCAGGAUGCGCAUCUUCGUGUUCCACCUGUGCCUGGCGGACUUGGUGGUCGCCUUUUUCCAGGUGUGCCCGCAGCUCAUUUGGGACAUCACCGACAGAUUCGUGGGACCAGAUCUAGUGUGCCGCCUUGUGAAGUACUUCCAAGUUCUCGGCAUGUUUUCAUCGACCUACAUGAUUGUAGUGAUGACAGUUGACAGAUACCAGGCUGUCUGCAACCCCAUGGUGAAAUUUCAGCGGGCGCGCACCAGGAUUAACAUGCCUGUGUGCGCCGCGUGGGCUCUCUCCUUUGUGGGCAGCCUGCCUCAGGUUUUCAUUUUCUCUCAAGUGGAGGUCGCGCCCGGAGUUUUUGACUGCUGGGCUGACUUCAUCCAGCCGUGGGGGCUGCAGACGUACGUCACUUGGACCACUCUGGUCAUUUUCAUUUUACCUGUGACCACGGUUGUUGUUUGCCAAGUGCGUAUCUGCAGAGCGAUCCAAAUAAACCUUUACCAAAAAACUCUCAAGCAGGGAAGUAAAGGAGUCGCGCUGCCAUCCAGAGCUAGUGGUGUGGCCAGCAUGUCCAAGGCCAGGGUGAAAACGCUGAAGAUCACGGUGGUUAUUGUGCUGGCUUACAUCAUCUGCUGGGCUCCCUUCUUUACUGUCCAGCUCUGGUCCGCCUGGGAUACACACGCUCCAAAAGAGACUGCAACCUUCACCAUCCUGAUGCUGCUAGCCAGCCUGAACAGCUGCGCAAACCCCUGCAUUUACCUUCUGUUCAGCGGGCAGUUCCCCAAGAAGCUCCUGACGCUGCUGUGUCGACGGAAUUCCAACGGUAAGCGCCCGGGACACGAGGACCCGACGACGGUCAGCUCCCUGUACAUGAGCCUCAAAAACAUCUCUGAGUCCAAGUAAGACCAUCAGGCCUUGGAGAGAAAACGGAGCUUGGCAGAGAAAAGCAUGGAGCUUUGCGCGCCAUGGCAUCAAAGCAAAGAUGCAGGUCCAUGAUGGAGAAUUCUGUUACGCAGUUUCUUGUUUGUCACUAAAUAAGUUGACUUGAAUAAAUCCAACAUCGGCAGCCAUCGGUGCGCUACACUUCAUGGACAAGGACCACAGAAUGUGAUGAGAGCGCGCAGGAAAGGAGCAAUAAACUGAAGAGCAGGCGCUGUUGAGUGUUUGACUGUUGACUGAAUAAAAACAAGCGUUUAAAUAUCACUUUAGAUAAAGGAAGACUGUUUUUAUAUAUUGGUAUUUAUUUAUCUUUGUAUGUAUUUGGAUUGAGACUGCAUAUCAAACAUUAAAUGAAUUAUUUUUG